AUGUCGGCAGUGUUGCAGCAUGUGCUGCACCCCUUUGAUCUGCCACCCGCGCUCGCCCUGCUGCCGCCGCUCUUUCGAGUGCUUGCUUGGGCUUCCGUCCUGCCCAUCCUCAUCCUAGCAGCCGUCGACUUGCUCGGCUACGUUGCAUUCAGAAUUGUCUAUCAGCCUGUAGGCAUGCCGAGGACGAUGUUCUACAAAGCGCCCGGCGGUCGAACAAGCAGAGGCAAAGGAGCUCAGGUGGCAGUUCCCGUUCCAGUGAGCGCAGAUGCAACGGGUAGGGAGACGUCUGGCCUCAAGAAGCGACAAUCCGUCAAGAAAGCUGCUCCAGUGCCGCUCAUCGUUGCCUCGAGUGAUUCUGACGGCAACGAGGAUCCUCAUGCGGCGCUGUCGACGUCUCCUACAGAUGAAUCCGACAGCGGACUGUCUCCCAUCUCGACUGCGCCUCGUAGGGAGCGUCAGCUUUCUAUGGGACCCAACAGAGCACGCGCAGGCUCGAUUGGUUUCGACGGGCCAAUGCUCGGAUUUGAUCCCCUGCGAUCUCCAUCACCCGAACUGAGGCAGCUGCCGGACGAAGAGGACGAUAAGCAAUUCCAUCCGUCGUGA